GUCGAAUACGAGAAGGCUUUGGUUCUGUUGAGCGAGAAGAAGAUCAGCAACGUCCAAGAUAUUGUUCCUGCACUUGAACUUGCUAACAAAGUCGGACUCCAAGUGGUAGCUGUGAAAGCACCCGGAUUCGGUGACAACAGGAAAAACACGCUGACGGAUAUGGCAAUUGCGACCGGAGGAACUGUGUUUGGAGACGACUCAAACUUGGUUAAGCUUGAAGACAUUCAGCUCAGCGAUUUCGGAGAGGUACAGUUCAGGCAAUUUCUCAAAUAUUUGGAUGAAUCAACUCCACAUAUUGACAGGUCGAAGAGGUGA